AGUGGGCUUGGGGAAAAAUCUCUGCUGAACUGUUUACCCUGACGUCAGUUUGCAGAAGUGGCUCUGCCCUGUCUGUCUCCUCCAGUGUCUCCGAAACUCCUCUCAGUGAGAGCGGAGGGGGAGCGCAUGGGCUCCGCGGUGGCACCGAGCGGCCGGACCCCACAGGGUGAAUGAAACCAACGACCUCCUCUCCUCUUCAGAAAGUGGACUAAAACAACCACACGAUGAACACCUGCACAUUUCUGCUGAUCUUGACUGUUCAGAUUUACGCCGACGGCAUCGAAGGGCCAACAGCUGCUGGCUGCACGUUUGAAGAGGACUCAGACCCUAAUCUGUGUGACUUCACCCAGGGGGAGGAGGAUGACUUCGACUGGGUCUUGUUUCGAACCUACAGUUCACCUUUGUCCAGUUUUGACCUCCUAAAGGGGUCCUACAUGUUGGUGAACUCUUCCCAGCAUGCCGCAGGUCACCGGGCUCAGCUGUUGCUGCAGACUCUGAGUGAAAACGACACUCACUGUGUCCAGUUCAGCUACUUCCUGUACAGCCGCGAUGGCCACAGUCCCGGGGCCCUCAGAGCAUACGUGCGCGUCAACGGUGGUCCACUUGGCAAUCCGGUGUGGAACAUCUCUGGUUCUCAUGGGAAACAGUGGCAUCAGGUGGAGCUGGCUGUCAGCACCUUCUGGCCUAAUGAAUACCAGGUGCUGAUUGAGGCCACCGUUUCCAGGGAGCGUCAAGGUUACAUCGCUGUAGAUGACAUCAUGGUGCUCAACUACCCCUGCUAUAAGGCGCCACAUUUCUCGAGGCUUGGAGAGGAAGAGAUCAACGCUGGCCAAAACGCCACCUUCCAAUGUGUUGCUGCUGGGAAGGCCUCGGAGGCCGACAAGUUCCUGUUGGAGAGACAUAAUGGGGACAUUUUAACAAUGGCAUCGGUCAAGCACCUCAGUCAUCGGCGCUUUGUGGUGUCUUUCCAACUGGACAGUGUGCAGCGUUCCCAUCAAGACCUUUAUCGCUGUGUCACGCAGUCCCUCAGGGGCUCAGGAGUUUCCAACUUUGCUGAACUUGUCGUGAAAGUACCUCCGUCCCCCAUCGCACCGCCUCAGCUGCUCCGUGCCGGCUCCACUUACCUGAUCAUCCAGCUCAACACCAACUCUAUCCUGGGAGACGGCCCCAUUAUCAGGAAGGAAAUUGAGUACCGUGCUAGCCAGUCUCCGUGGUCAGAAGUGCACGGAGUCAACAUGGCCGCCUAUAAGUUGUGGCACCUGGAUCCAGACACGGAGUACCACAUCAGCGUGCUGCUGACUCGGCCCGGAGAAGGAGGAACUGGCCCUCCUGGACCUCCCCUUGUGAGCAGGACGAAAUGUGCAGAGCCCAUGCGGCCCCUGCGAGGACUCACAGCCACAGAGAUCCAGUCCAGGCAAUUGACUCUGCAGUGGGAGAAUCUGGCAUUCAACCUGACUCGGUGCCAUACUUACUCAGUGUCCCUGUGCUACCGCUACACUAUGGCGGGAGGAGGUGGAGACCACAACACCACCGUGCGCGAAUGCCUGGCAGUGGAGCACAACGCCUCGCGCUUCACGUUGCGUGAUCUGCCGCCAUAUCACAGCAUCCACGUCCGUCUAUCGCUGGCAAACCAAGAGGGGAAGAAAGAGGGCAGAGAGGUCAUCUUUCAGACUGAGGAGGAUAUUCCCGGAGGUAUAGCACCAGAGUCGCUCACCUUCACCCCGCUGGAUGACAUGAUCUUCCUGAAGUGGGAGGAACCUGUGGAGCCCAACGGUCUGAUUACUCAAUACGAGAUCAGUUACCAGAGUAUUGCAUCGUCUGACCCGGGCAUCAACGUCCCAGGACCCAGGAGAGCGGUGUCCAAGCUGAAGAACGAAACCUACCACAUGUUCUCCAACCUUCACCCGGGAACCACGUACCUGAUCUCCGUGCGCGCACGCACAGCCAAGGGCUUCGGACAGACAGCUUUGAAGGAAAUUACCACCAACAUCUCAGCUCCUUCGUUUGAUUACAGAGACAUGCCGGGCCCGCUGAACGAGACCGAAAGCACAAUUACAGUGCUGCUGCGUCCCGCCCAAGGCAGAGGAGCGCCUGUCAGCACGUACCAGGUGGUGGUGGAGGAGGAAAUGGUGAAGAAGGUGAAGCGGGAACUGGGGCCUCAGGACUGUUUCCCGUUGCCCAUGCCGCACAGCGUGGCCCAGGCGCAGGGUUUGCCCCACUACUAUGCUGCUGAGAUGCCUCCAAGCACCCUGCCAGAGGCCAGUCCUUUCACUGUGGGCGACAACCACACCUACAACGGCUACUGGAACAGCCCACUGGACCCCCGCAAGAGCUACCUCGUUUACUUUCAGGCGAUGAGCAACUUCAAGGGGGAGUCGAGAAUAAAUUGCAUCCGGAUCGCCCGCAAAGCAUCGUGCAAAGACCACCGGAGCGUUCUGGAGAGGACCCAGCACUCUGAGGACAUGGGGCUGAUUCUCGCUGUCUGCGCUGGGGGGCUGGUGGUCCUCGUUCUGCUGCUGGGCGCGGUCAUCAUCAUCAUUAAAAAAGGAAGGGACUACUACUCGUAUUAUCCAAAGCCUGUGAACAUGAAUAAGACACCCAUCACCUACCGGCAGGAGAAGAGCCACAUGGGCUCCAUGGAGCGCAGUUUCACAGACCAGAGCACACUGCAGGAGGAUGAAAGAAUGGCCCUCUCCUUCAUGGACACGCACACAUGCGGCACGAGGAGUGACGCUCGUAGUUCGGUGAAUGAAGCCAGCAGUCUGCUCGGAGGCUCCCCGAGGCACCAGUGUGGACGGAAGGGCUCUCCCUACCACACGGGGCAGCUCCACCCGGCCGUCCGAGUGGCAGACCUGCUCCAGCACAUCAACCAAAUGAAGACAGGGGAGGGCUAUGGCUUCAAACAGGAAUACGAGAGCUUUUUCGAUGGGUGGGACUGCACAAAGAAAAAGGACAAAAUCAAGGGGAGGCAGGACACUUUGCUGGGAUAUGAUCGCCACAGAGUGAAGCUCCACCCUCUACUGGGAGACCCCAACUCUGAUUACAUUAACGCUAACUACAUUGAUAUUCGGAUUAACAGGGAAGGCUACCAUCGAUCCAACCACUUCAUCGCCACUCAGGGACCCAAGCAGGAGACUUUGUAUGAUUUCUGGAGGAUGGUGUGGCAAGAAAACUGUUUCAGCAUCGUCAUGAUCACUAAGCUGGUGGAGGUUGGCAGGGUGAAGUGCUGUAAAUACUGGCCUGACGACAGCGAGAUGUACGGCGACAUCAAAAUCACUCUGCUAAAGACGGAGACUCUUGCUGAGUACACAGUCCGCACCUUUGCCUUGGAGAGGAGAGGAUAUUCCACCAAGCAUGAGGUCCGUCAGUUCCACUUUACAUCCUGGCCUGAACACGGGGUUCCUUAUCAUGCAACUGGACUCCUGGCUUUUAUACGAAGAGUGAAAGCCUCAACUCCUCCUGACGCCGGUCCCGUGGUCGUCCACUGCAGUGCGGGGGCAGGGCGGACCGGCUGCUACAUCGUGCUGGAUGUCAUGUUGGACAUGGCAGAGUGUGAGGGCGUGGUGGACAUCUACAACUGUGUGAAAACCCUGUGCUCUCGUCGCAUCAACAUGAUCCAGACUGAGGAGCAGUAUAUCUUCAUCCAUGAUGCCAUUCUGGAGGCGUGUCUCUGCGGCGACACCUCCAUUCUGAUGAGCGAAUUUGCUGUCACUUACAAAGACAUGUUGCGAGUGGAUUCCCAGAGCAAUUCUUCGCCGCUGCGAGAAGAGUUUCAGACACUCAACUCAGUGACUCCCCAUCUGGAUGUGGAGGAGUGCAGCAUUGCUCUGCUGCCCAGAAACCGAGAGAAAAACCGUAGCAUGGACGUCUUGCCGCCUGAUCGUGCCCUCGCCUUCCUGGUGACCACAGAGGGGGAGAGUAACAACUACAUCAAUGCUGCACUUGCUGACAGCUUCCACCGGCAGGCGGCCUUCAUAGUGACCCCUCAUCCUCUGCCCGGGACCACAGCAGACUUCUGGAGGCUGGUCUUUGAUUACGGCUGCACCGCAGUGGUCAUGCUGAACCAGCUAAACCAGUCCAACUCUGCCUGGCCUUGCGUUCAGUACUGGCCCGAGCCCGGUUUGCAGCAGUAUGGACCCAUGGAGGUGGAGUUUCUGUCCAUGUCAGCAGAUGAGGAUGUCAUCACUCGUCUGUUUCGGGUCAAGAACGUUACACGGCUCCAGGAAGGCCAGCUGGUGGUGUGUCAGUUCCAAUUUCUGCGCUGGUCGGCCUAUCGAGACGUUCCCGACUCCAAGAAGGCAUUCCUCAACCUGCUAGCUCAAGUUCACAAGUGGCAAAGAGAAUGUGGAGAAGGACGCACUGUUGUGCACUGCCUGUGAGUUAUCCUAUGAGAACUUUACCCAAAAAUGUGUAGAACACAUCAGACAAGCAACAUAUGUAAACAGCAUUAGAAAUAAAUCUAAAAGAUAACUCAGAGAACCUUUAACAAAACAGAUGAGAACAGAAGCAGCAAUUCACGCAGCCCGUUUUAGAAAAUAAAUCGUUUGAGACGAUUUAUUUUUGGAAAAAUGUAGAUUUUAUUUUCCCAGCUCUCUGCUCUCUUCAAUCCGCUGGUCUCUCGCAAAGCGCAGAUGUGAAAACAGCAGCAAGCAAAGAAAAGCUACUUCAGGAGUGAACAUGUUGGAAGCACACACCUCUACCACUUGAAACUGGGCUUGGGAGAAUCUGUCAAACGUUUUAAACUUUUGUCGUGGGACCUCAUACUUUUAUUGAACCAUCUGAUUGGUCAGUUUAUAACUUGAAGAACUUGCACUAC